UUCGUUUAUAUUGAUCACAAACACACUCAGUGAGAUCAUAAACGACGAUAGUGACUGACAAUUCACCAGCAUAGGAAGGACAUUGCUACAAUUCAUAAAAGUAUUAUAUAUUUUUUCUUCAAUUACAAACAGUUGCAAAAAAAGUAAAGAAUUCCCUAAAAUGCCAACGAUUUUUUUUUUAAAUUAUAACUUAUUAGACGACCUAAAGAGCAAACUUUAUAGAGAGUGUUGGAACUACAGUUAUGUAUUUUGCUGUGUACUCAACUGUAACGUCUCUACCAUUUUGCGUAGCCGUGUUUGGCACAAUAAUGGUCAGUGCUAUCAUUUACCUCAAGUCUUUUAUGAACCAGCCAUCAACCAUUCCAAAACUGUAUUUCAAAGAAUCAGCAUUGGCGUCGCAUCUUCUCAAGCGAUGCAGACUAAUGGAUCGUAAAUUCGAUCCGCCUUGGUAUUUACGAAACGCGCACAUCCAAACGAUACUUUCAUCAUUUAUUCUCACAGAUACCUCAACUGAAUUUGAAAGGGAAUAUCUACAAAUGCGUGAUCAAGGAGUCGUAGCGCUUGACUGGGCUCUACAUGUAUCUGUUCAUAAGAAAAAGUGUUGUUCUGUGUUUGUAAUACUUCCGGGACUAACCGCUACCGCGGUCAAUGUUUCAAACUUGUGUACUUUAGCUGCUCACAAAGGUUAUAGGCCUGUUGUGUUUAACCAACGAGGAUUCGGAAAUUCAGUUUUAACCACUCCGAAGAUACUGAGCAACGGGGAUCCGCACGAUUUACGACAAGUUGUAAAAUAUAUACAUAGUAGAUACCCAAAAGCGUUAGUUACAAUGGUCGGCUUAGGAACAGGUUGUUCGCUUUUACUUUCAUAUCUUGGAGAAUUCGGAUCAUCGGCAAACAUUUGUGCUGGAGUGUGUAUAUCGGCGUGCUUUGACAGCUCAAGAAAACUUUCCAAAGGCGUUCAAGGAAUAUACGACAUAUUAGAAUUGUUGGCAUUGAAAAAAGCGUUAUUUGUACAUUCAAAUUCACUUUCAAAGUAUAUCAAUUUCAAUGAGUUGUUCAAAUGCUGGUCUUUUCGACAUUUUGACGAACUGGUGUAUUCAAAAUUAUAUAAUUUUUCAACUGUUGAUGACUUUUGGGACCGCAAUAAUCCUUUGAGAGAUGUCGACGAGAUAGCAGUUCCUUUAUUAUUUAUCAAUAGCUUGGAUGAUCCGUUUUAUUCCAAAAUAAGCAUUCCAUAUGAUCUCUUCAAGUACUAUCCACAUUUUCUAAUGGUUUGUACUAAUAAAGGUGGACAUUGUGGAUUUAUUGACAACCCAUGUGAUGUAAGUUGGGCAGAGAAACUAGCACUGGAUUACUUAGAUACCGUGUUAGAGUUUCCAAACAAGGGCCACACUAUUAAAUAUGGAAACUGUACUGUUCGAUCUACAAUUUAA